CGAUCACUCCGCUCAUCUUUGCGAUGACACUUAUAUUAACAUUCAUCGGGAGGUGCAGAGAUCGAGAGAGUGCGAAAAAACAGCAAAAAAAAAUAAAAAAAUACGUACAUAAAAAUUAAUUAAGAGCGAAGCGUAUACGUAAUUAUGCAAUAGCGAAAAAAAAAGCGAGAGAUAUAUGUCUUUGUCCGACGAGAUGCGAGGGAAAUGAUUUUUGAAAAUUCAUUUUGUUAUUUUUCAUUAUUACGUUCCAGAUUAAUGACUACUAUCUCUCUUUCAGCUUUCAUUACGGAUAACCUUCCUCGCUUCCGUAAAUCUUCCUUCCUCACUUUUCUCGGGGAGCGUGGGAGAACCGCAUUUGCCUCGCGCCUUCAGCUCGCCCGCAACAAGUGUUCCCUAAUCGAUAUCAUGCCCUGUGAGACUUUUUCAACGAUACUACGAAUUCUAGGAGUGCAGUCACAUUAUAUUUUUUACACGUCAGUACCAUUGCUGCGGCGGAACCGGCGGCCGUCCACGGGAACAUGAUCCAGGAGGUCCUCGCAGCCAGCACCGCCGAGUGGUGAUCAUCAGCUCUUUCGCAAAGCGGGUGUUUCUCGUGGCGGCAAUGUGCCGCAGGGUGUGAACAGACCGCGUUACGUCACGCCCAGGAACAUCUAUGGGCCGUAAACGGUGGUGGCGAGGUCUGGUGGAGCUGUUGGUGCUCUGUGUCCUCCAUCAUGUCAUCGUUCUCGCUGAUGGCAAUGUUGGAUGUCUAUUUAGCGAGGACAUAUGUGAUCCCGAGGCGGAAAAAUGCUUUGACGAUCUUGCGUUUGGCAAAUGUAUACCUCGAUAUAUCAAUUUAGAAAAUGACGAUUUAUAUCGAUAUAAUCUUGAUACCGAUGAGUUGGAGUUAUUAAGACUGCAGCUGGAGAAAUUGGAGUCCGAAGGAUACAAAUGGAAGCAUCCCUUUACACAAUGUAUUAUGCAAACGUCGCUAUAUAAUCUCCGGCAUGGACGAGACGAUCCCUCCGAUAUUCGUCUCUGCGAAUACCUGAAGAAAUCGAGUCUCGACGAACAAGAUGGACUUACUGACAAGGUAAUUCCAGCGGUUGCCAUACUAAGAAUAUCCACGGACAAUGAGAAUCCCGAGAGUAAUUUGGUCAACGCUCUAUAUCGCUCCGCGGAUAUUGAGAACAACAGGUUACCAACUUUCUACGGCGAACAAGAAUUACUGCCGUAUAAUUGGGAAUCCAUCGGACCUGUUUACAGAUCUGAAUAUAGAAACUGGCAUACCGACAAGAAUGAGCGGGUUUCAGACAAUAACGAGGAAUACAAUGAGUAUGGAAAAUACUCUCCGAAUGAUGUAGGCGAACGAUUAUAUCCGCGCAGGAUGCGUCGCUACAGCUUUGUCGACGGAUAUAGAAAUGAUGGUAUCGAUCCCCUAAUAGAUCUGGGAGACGAGAGAUUGCCUGAAGACAAUGACGAUGUACAGCUCUUGUCUGCUGAUGAGUUUGAAUUUUUACCAAACGAGAAAUCGUUGGAUUACACGUUGCUAGAAUCCUCUCCUGACAACGAGAGGAAUGAGAGGGAAAAUGAGAGAGCGUUUUCCAGAAAAUAUAAGCACCGAAAAAAACCACCAAGCCUUGAAUUUCUCGAUUUUGAUGCAUCGACGAGACUAAAUAACGAGAAGAGAAUGACAAUCAGACGUGAAGACGAGGAUAUCGAUUACGAGGACAGCGGAGCUAAUGAAAAUAACUCGGCAGAGAUUGAGGGAUCAGACAUUUCUUCGAAGAUAAGCGGCAUGUACACCGAAGGAGGAGUUGUACGGCCUUUGAAACAUGAAGUUGAUGCGAGUGGGACUUUGUAUGAUGAGAUGUAUGACAACAAUGAUUUGAAUGCGCUUCUAAGGCGAGAAUUGGCUGGCUUCAAACGCAGAGAACGUUUGGAUGUAAAGAAACCCGGACCGUUAUUUUCAACGAAUAAUUACGCAUUUAAAACCCAAACUCCGCUUAUUUCUCUUGAUAAUGAUUAUUCCGCGUCGGACAAUCAGAAUGAUAACGAGAUAUACGCACCAUUAACGAAAAAAGAAUUACGUGGUACGUACAAAGCUAAUGAGGACUCGCCAAGGACUUAUAAAAACGUCGAUCUGGAUUACGUCUAUAUCGAGUUCGAGGAAGCAUUUCACAGAUGGCUCGAAGGAGAACACGUGGUCGCUAAGGUCGAAGAAUUCUUAGGAUUGCCCUCUGGGACUUUGAGAGAUAUACGAGUAGGCCGUGCAGAAGUAACAUUCAAGGUCAUCCAGAACGACAAAAACUAUAAUGCUACCGACGUCGCCAACAAUAUUGAUAACAUACGUGGCAAAUUACAAGAUGCAUUAGGAGUCAGAGUCAUUCGAGCGGGUAUAGGAAACAAGGCUAAAUUACCGGCCACUUUAGAGGUAGCUAGGAAAAGUGAAAUGAACUCUAGCUUGUUCGGUGCGUUAGUGGCUGCUGGCGUCGCAGCUACGAUUGCGGCAGCGGUGGUUACGCUGAUAAUAGCGCGUCGGCACGCAAAAUGUCGAGCAAAACUCGCCGGAUUGACUACCCCGGAUCCGGAGGCGUCUAAGGAUUACCAAGAUCUGUGCAGAGCGAGGAUGCAGGCGAAACAGCCGAGCGAGAAGAUGGAAUCGCCGCGUAUCACGAGCUUAUCACGCGAGAGCGAGUCUAAUAAUCUGCCUUCCAAUCGCUCCAGUACAUCUUCUUGGGGCGAGGAGCCUACCCUGUCCAACAUGGACAUAUCUACCGGUCACAUGGUUCUCAGUUAUAUGGAGGAUCAUUUGAAAAACAAGGAUCGUUUGGAUCAGGAAUGGGCGGCGUUGUGUGCCUAUGAAGCUGACCCAUCAUCAACGGAAAUUGCAGAGAGUGAAGCGAACAUCCAACAGAAUCGUUCCGGUGCAGCACUUCCCUACGAUCAUUCUCGGGUAGUUCUGAACGAUCUCGCGAACGCUAAUAAUUCCGACUACAUAAACGCUUCCACGAUCACGGAUCACGAUCCCCGCAAUCCGGCUUAUAUAGCCACGCAAGGGCCGUUACCACAGACCACGGCUGAUUUCUGGCAAUUAGUUUGGGAACAAGGCAGCGUGGUGAUCGUGAUGCUGACACGACUCACCGAGGAGGGCCGCGCCAUGUGUCACCGUUACUGGCCCGAGGAGGGAUCAGAGCUCUAUCACAUCUACGAAGUGCAUCUGGUAUCGGAGCAUUUCUGGUGUGAUGAUUAUCUGGUGCGCUCCUUCUAUCUCAAAAACUUACGCACCUGCGAGACCCGUACCGUUACGCAAUUCCAUUUCUUGUCCUGGCCGGAAAAUGGCGUACCGUAUUCCACAAAAGCUCUGCUCGAGUUCCGCAGGAAAGUCAAUAAAUCGUAUCGUGGAAGAUCAUGUCCGAUAGUCGUGCAUUGCAGCGAUGGAGCUGGACGAACCGGAACUUACUGUUUGAUUGACAUGGUACUAAAUCGCAUGACGAAGGGAGCGAAGGAGAUCGACAUCGCCGCCACUCUUGAGCAUAUUAGGGAUCAAAGGCCCGACAUGGUUGCUACGAAACAACAAUUCGAGUUUGUCCUGAUGGCAGUGGCGGAGGAAGUGCACGCGAUCCUCAAAGCUUUACCGGUACCGCCUACCGAGAAAUCCGCGGCAAGUGGUUCCUCGCCACCUGCGAAAUCGGAACAGUGAAACUAACGCUGGUAAUGCGCGAAUUCAACCCUAAACAGUAUAAAGAAAUCUGGACGAUUUCUAUUUUAUUCUAAUGGACUUGACAAGAAGUUUGUUGUUUCUUUACAUUUUUAUAAAUGAAAUUGAAAAGAUUUUAUUUUUUUAAAUAAUUUUUUAAGCUGAUACUUUUUCACGAUUUGACCGAUAUGAUCGAUAUAUGAAAAGUCCAGAUAUAUUAAACAAUAGUAACAUUUUGUACUAUUCAGGGUUAAAAUCGCAAUCGAGAUAUAAAAGGUAAGAGGUAUCUAUUCCAUUUAUUUCGAUGUGUCAUGGGAAACCUAUACUUUUACUAACUGUUUACUAUGAUGUAUCCUAUCGAGGAGUAAAGAGCGAAUCGAUCGGUUUUUUCGGUUAGAAUUUUCUACACGCUCGGUACUUCCCGAUUAAAAUGCACCUUUCGCGUGUUAUUAGUUUUAGAGAGCACCAAAACGUCGCGAGCUUCUUCUUUCAUAUUCCGACUACUGUACUUAUUCUCCGAAGCGCGAAAGAAAAAUGAUAGUCGACUUGAACUCUUAGAGCACGAGAAAUAUAUAAAUGUAUAACCAAAGUUUGCAGUUUUAAGUUAAGUGCAAUGUAUAAGAGAAGAGAAAAGUAAGAGCAAGAGAUUUGAAGAAAUGUAUUUAUGUUAAGGUAAUCUAAAAUAUGAUGCAUAAUUUUUUUUAUCACCUUUUUUUACUCUAUAAGAUGAUACCGUUUUAUUAUCAUCACGUACAUCCUUUUCUGCUCAUUCAGACGCGGCCUAUUUCAAGGAUCAGGUAUUUUUAGAGAACAGACAGAUACAACAGAUCGACACAGAUCGGGACAUGAUUUGCCACCAGAGGCAAUAUAAUAUAUCAAUGAUUGAGCUCUAUUACUGUGCGAUCGGUCGGUGAUACAACGGAACAUUUUAUAUUAGUAGAGUCCACAUAGUACUUUGUUUAGCGUUAAAUGCAGCCGUUUGACAUCGAAGUGGAACUUUAUUCAUUUGUUAUAGGGAUUGCACGCAGUAUUAAUAAUUGUAAAUUUGACGAGAUCAAAUUAGCUGCGUUUAACAUUAGAUAAUAUAUGACAUAAAUACAGAUCAGGAUUUUCAUUAUCUAUCGACAAAAUGUAUAGUAUUGUUCUUCGUAGACAAAAGGAUUUUUCAUUAUGAAAUAUCUAUAAAACCGAGAAAUUGUAUUGAUUUUUAAUAGUUUAAAAAAAUGUAUCAUAUAAGCUCAGUCUCUAAUCGUGGUUAAUUAAUUUUAUUUGUACCACGAAACACAUUUGCAUAACAAUGUAUUUUUGCGUGUACAUAUAAUUUACGUGUGUACUUCAAUUGAAUUGCAUUAAUAUGCUCUUUAACUAACGUGCUUUAAAAUAGCUUUAAAACUUUGGAUAAAUCUUUCGACUCGGAAAAAUAAUCGGUAAUAAUCAACACAGUUAAGUCAAUUGCGUAAUACCAAAAUAUACAUACGUGAGCACAAAUCUAUUUUAGUGCAGCAGAUUGAAACAGCACAGUUUUAUUAUCAUAUUUAUUAAAAAAAAUUUUAUGUAUACAUAUUUAUUUUUUAUACAGACGAAUUUUUUGGAUUAUUCGAAGUAUCAAAUGUAUAUCGAGCUUUUGUUACGUCGCAUCGUAGAGUUAUUAUGUUUAAAGCAUGCGUGGAUGAUCGAUCGAACAGCCACAAAUUAUCACAUCAAUCCGCGCAAGAAGCGCGGAUAUAAUCGUGUAAUUUAAGCAACAUUUUAUUUUUCGAAAUUGUUGUAAGAAAAUUGGCUUGAUGUCUUAAAGUUAAAGUGUUAUGUGUGCGCGAUUGUUCGCUGGAGAAUUACAUAUAGCUUAAUGAACGAUAAUAAAUGAUGCAGAUUAUAUAACGUAAAUAUAUAAUUCACGCUUGGAGUAUCCAGGUAUAUUAUAUCAGGGUUUAAUACUAUCUUUAGCGAUUCGAAACUCGAAACUUUUUUUGUGAUUCGAUCGUUUUAUUUUUUCUCGCAAAUGUGUUCUAUACAUAUCUAUUUAAUAACGCAUCUAUUCAUUGAAAUGAAUUAAUUUUUGAAAAAAUAAGAGAACAUCUAUUUUGUUUUAAAUGUAUCUUUGAUGUUGCGAGAAAUUUAUCGGAGCUGAUAUUAAGAAUUAAAGUUUCGCGAGCCUAUAUAAUUAAUUAACAACAUUAUUUUCGAGGGAAUUUCGGAAGGGGCAGAAACACUAAUGUACCUUGAAACUGUGUCAAACUUCGCUUGAUCACUGCAACUAAGUUUGAUUAGCCUUCUUUAGUACCGACUCACAAAACAGAUUCUAUAUUUUUAUGUAAAGGGAUGAAUCUAUAUAUUAAAAAAAAAAAAUGAAAUGAUAUAGUUAUAUAUAUAAAUCUAUACUAUGUUACCCCCAAAAUAUAAUACUAUAUACAUGUUGUAAAAUAAUAAAUCGAUCUAUGUUCAAGCCA